UCAGAGCCCGAGCGGCAACGAGAGACGAUGAGAUAGUCGCGACGUGGUCUUGCGUGGUGGUGGUAGCAACACGUCCUCGGCUUAUGUUUUGUUGCUCAACGUAGACUUUGUUUGAAAGAUCAGAAUACUCGUGUGUGUUUUUUUUUAAUAUCGCAGCAGCAGCUUUGUUAUCGUAUUUAUUUGCAGGUACAUCAGUGAGCCAGCCUCCAAACAUGGCUCUUCGUCGUGCUGCCGCUGUUGAAACCUCUGAGAAUGCGUUGGCCGGCAGGCUGACGAGGAAGGGCAGCCUGCAGCUGAAGCCGACCGUGCGGGCAACACUCGGUGACAUCAGCAGCAAUACCAACAAGGCGAUCGACAAAAAGCCGAUGCAGAUUAAGGAGCCAGUAGCCAAAAGGGUGCCGAGAAUGGUCCGAUCCAAGUCGACCGUGGUGAGGGUGCCGCUCGUUCCUGCUGCUGCGCCCAUCGUGCCUGCUGCUCCUGUUGUGCCCGUGGUUACAGUUGCCGCUGUGGCAUCUUGCAGGCCAGCAAGAAUCCCGCUUGGAAAGAUGCCUUCGCCCAUUGCUAUGGACAUCUCUCAAAAGGAGGAAGACCUCUGCCAAGCCUUCUCUGAUGCACUCAUAAAUAUCCAGGACAUUGAUGCGGCAGAUGCGGCAAACCCCCAGCUGUGCAGUGAAUAUGUGAAGGACAUCUAUGUUUACAUGAAGACCCUAGAGAAAGAACAGUCGGUGCAAGCCAACUACCUGGAGGGAAAGAAGAUAAAUGGCCGCAUGCGUUCCAUCCUCGUUGACUGGCUUGUCCAGGUCCAAAUGAAGUUUCGGCUGCUGCAGGAGACCCUGUACCUCACCGUUGCCAUCAUUGACCGCUACUUGCAGAACCACGAAGUGCUGAGUGGAAGCCUGCAGCUGGUGGGUGUGACGGCAAUGUUCAUUGCAGCCAAGUACGAGGAGAUGUACUCCCCAGAGAUGGAGGACUUUGUUUACAUCACAGACCAUGCAUACACAAAGGCUGAAAUCCGUGCCAUGGAGCAGGCUAUACUUUUGGGGCUGCAGUUCAACCUUGGACGCCCCCUCCCACUACACUUUCUUCGUCGGGCAUCCAAGGCUGGCAGCGUUGAUGCAGAUAAACACACCUUGGCCAAGUACUUGAUGGAGCUCAGCCUGGUGGACUACAACAUGGUGCACUUCCAUCCAUCUCAGAUUGCUGCUGCAGCCCUCUACCUUUCCCAGAAGCUCAUGGAUGAUUCCAAAUGGAACAUGGAUUUGCAGUACUACACGACCUACACUGAAGAAGAGCUAAUGCCUGUUGUCCAGCAUCUUGCUAAGAAUGUAGUGAAGGUCAAUGAGGGAUUGACAAAGCAAAUGGCCACCAGAAACAAGUAUGCCAGCACCAAGAUGAUGAGUAUCAGCAAAAUUUCUCAGCUCAAGUGCCAGCUGAUGAAGGACCUGGCAAAGCCACAUCUUGAGAAGAAGUAAAACAGCUUUAUUCCAACGCCAAUGUGCAGCAAAGACUUGGUGACUGCAAGGUUUCUUACAUUGUGCUGGAAGUUAAUAAGCCAGUUGACUUAAUACCCUUGAUUGAUGUUGGAACGUUUUUUUUGUAAUGAGACUUCACAGGAUGGCUGCCGAGCCACUAAGGUGUACUGUUGAGCACCAUGUGCUGCUGUGUGUGUAUAUAUAGCCUGGCAUCUAGAAUACAUUUUUAUUUCCAUUUUUAUUUCACCUAUUUUACACUCUGUACUUUUACUAAUUUUUAUUGAUUUGACUUUAAUAAAAUGACUUCUCUUCUACACAAUUCUCUCCAUUUUAAACUAAAUUUAAUGGCAAAAUGUUUUCUUAAUAGCUUGGAACUGCCUGUUACCUGACUGGCCACAUCAAUCGUUUGGUUCUUUGACUAAUUCGUGCCACGUUGCGGUUAAAUGAGCACAUUUGAACUUAAAUCUGAGCAGCCUGGCACUUCAACCUUAAGCUUUUGCCCAAUACAAUAGCUUUAAUGCAUAGACCGUUCGGUAUUGGACUUAAUAUAAGCAAAGUGCCAGGUAACGUUAGCCUGGUCCUAGAAAAUGUGGUAAUGGUGUGAAAAUGUUUAAUAGGAUUUACAAAGAUGUGUGCAAAAGUGUUUUAAUGCUCGAUUACUACUUUGGUUAGCAUGCAAUUUGCAACCAUCUUUUGUUAUGCUUUAUGGUAAUGUAUACAUUAAGAUAAUUUAAUUGACUGGCCUUAACAAUAAACUUACGACAUGCUGUAAACCCAAGUCCCACAUGCUUUGUUCCUGAUCAGCCAUCUUUGCUGUACAUUUGCUAUUGGUUGUUAAUAUGGCUUCUACAUGCAGGGAAGUAUACUUGGCUAAGUGAAUUGAUGCCUCAACCCAUGUUGACUUGCAUAAUUAAGGUGAGGGUAUGCAAGUGAUUGGGUUGACAACGUUUGUUUGAAUCUGACUUGGCCUCCCUAAUUCAGCAGAUAUAGCAGUUUGUCAAAGGUGAGCUUUUCAUUAACUUGAACUGAAUAUACACAUUAAUCAGAAAAGCAGCAUAGCUGUCUAAUUUAGGUGGCUUGGAUGUCUCCCAGUUUCAAGGUGGGAUGCAAUUGUGCGAGUUUUCUAUUUUAACGUCUCUAAGCUUGGUUUUCAAAUGGUGUUCCAAUUUUAUAAUAAAGUGUAAAUUGGCUGA